UCUAUAGUGAGUAAUGAAAACUGUGGAGUUAUCUCAUGCAGGGCCGCUUCUUGUCGGAUGAGUGGGGAAAAGGUUGAACUCAGUUUUAUGUGGAUAUAUUCUGAAACAGUCUUUAAAGAGACAAUACUGUCAGUCACUCAGCUGAGAUUCAGACGGACGGAGUGGAAGACAUCUCACAAAAUAUAAGUCGUAUAUCUUUAAGAGUCUUUUCUGUGGUGAACUCGAUCAUCUCUGUUUUCUACUGGUCAGGUGUGAUGGAAGAAACAUGUCAGCUGCUUUAGAGAAAUACUGUGGCUCUCUGUUUUGGAAUGACUCGUACCUUCAGCGUCCGGAUCCUGAUCUUCCGGCGUGUGUGGAGUGGACUGUGCUGGUCUGGAUUCCGUUAGGUUUUCUCUGGCUUUGUGCUCCGUGGGAAUUACUUCAUCUCUGUAAGAAGUCUACUAUAACUCCAGCCUCAAAACUUUACAUCUGCAAGCAGAUUGUGGUUGGCCUGUUGUUUCUGGGAGCGAUAGCAGAGCUUGCCGUCACGCUUGCUCAAGAUUUUGGGGCGUCAAGUAAUUCCACAAGACAUCCAGCAGUGUUUUACACCAACCCUGUUCUCUUUGCUGUAUCAUGGAUAAUCGUGAUAUUGUGCCAAGAGUCUCUGCGGCACAGAGUGACGGCCGUGGACUCCAGAAGCCUCUUCUUGUUUUGGGUUCUUGAGGUGGUGUGUGAAAUCUUCCAGUUUCAGAGUUUGCUGAGAGAAGCUUUGAGUCAGGAGGAAAUUGCCGAUCUUCCACGCUUCUGUCUGUUCUACAUCAGCUUUGGACUGAAGCUGAUCUCUUUGGUUUUAUCAGCCAUUGCCGACAUUUCACCUGAACUUCAAAAACGUAGAAAAAAGAAUCCCGAAAGUACAGCAACAUUUCUCAGCAGAAUCACUUUUAACUGGUUCAACAGCAUGGUCUAUAAUGGUUAUAAGAAGCCUCUGAUUCAGGAGGACCUGUGGGAUCUUAAUGAAAGUGACUCCACUCAGCAAAUCUCUCAGCAGUUUGAGGAGAUUAUGAACCAAGAGCUGAAAAAAGCUCAAAGAGUCCUGCAGAAGAAAAAACUGAAAAAAAUCGACAAAGAUCAUCAUAAUGGCUUAACCAAUGGAAUUAGUCAGGAUUUUUUAGUUAUGGAGGAAACCAGUGAAAGCAAAAGAAAAAACAAGAAAGAAAGUAAAAAGGAUAAAAAGGCAUCUAAAUCAGUCUAUCCACGUUCCUGGCUGGUUCCCACCAUUGGUAAAACAUUUAAAGGUGUGCUUCUGCAGUCUGCCAUCUUUAAACUGCUGCAAGAUCUUUUAUCAUUUGUAAGCCCACAACUUCUCAAGGCAAUGGUAACAUUCACUCAGGAUAAAUCCAUGGCCGCGUGGAAUGGCUAUUUGUACGCCAUCCUGCUUCUGCUGGUGGCGUUUUUACAAUCUAUAUUUCUACAACAGUAUUUCCAGCAAUGUUUUGUCUUGGGAAUGAAAGUACGCACAGCAAUCAUGGGUGCUGUUUACAAGAAGGCAUUAAUCGUGUCCAAUGACUCUAAAAAAGAGUCUACCGCCGGAGAGAUCGUCAACUUGAUGUCAGCGGACGCCCAAAGAUUUAAUGACGUCACAAACUUUAUCCAUUUGCUAUGGUCAUGUCCACUGCAGAUCAUUUUGGCCGUAACUUUCCUUUGGUUUGAACUGGGUGCCUCUUCUUUAGCCGGUCUGUUGGUCAUGGUGCUGAUGGUGCCCAUUAAUGGCUGGUUGGCAACAAAGUCAAAGAACUUACAGGUGAAAAAUAUGAAGUUUAAAGACAAGCGCAUGAAAAUUGUCAAUGACAUACUGAAUGGAAUAAAAAUUCUGAAGUUUUAUGCAUGGGAGCCGUCUUUUGAAGAUCAGAUUCAGGGAGUACGAGAGAAAGAGCUGAAGGUCAUGAAAUCAUUUGCUUACAUCUCUUCUGUCUCCACCUUUAUAUUUGCGAGCGCUCCAGCUAUUGUGUCUCUGGCGACCUUUGGUGUAUUUGUGGCUGUGAGUCCUAGCAACAUCUUAGAUGCAGAGAAAGCUUUUACCUCCAUUUCACUCUUUAAUAUCCUGCGCUUUCCACUGGUCAUGCUUCCACAACUGAUAUCUAUAAUGGUUCAGACCAGUGUAUCUAAUAAAAGACUGGAGAAAUUUCUUAGUGGUGAUGAUCUGGACUUAAAUGCGGUUUCACGUGACAACACAUAUGAUGCUGCGGUGAGCAUUUCUGACAUCACGUAUGCUUGGGACAAGGAUUCAAAUCCAGUCCUAAAAAACAUUUCUCUGGACAUUAAAGAGGGUAAAUUGGUGGCUGUGGUCGGGGCCGUAGGCUCAGGAAAGACAUCGCUGAUAUCGGCUCUGUUGGGAGAAAUGCACAACAUUAAGGGUUCCAUUAAUAUUAAGGGAUCUGUAGCGUACGUGCCACAGCAGGCCUGGAUACAGAACGCAACACUACAAGACAACAUACUCUUCGGCUCUGAGCUGAAAGAGGAUCGCUACCAGGCGGUGGUGGACGCGUGUGCACUGCGACCUGACCUGGAUCUCCUGGCUGGAGGAGAUCAGACUGAGAUUGGAGAAAAGGGCAUCAAUCUGAGCGGUGGACAGAAACAGAGAGUAAGUCUUGCUAGGGCUGCUUACAGCUCAUCUGAUGUGUACCUGAUGGAUGAUCCGCUGUCUGCUGUUGACUCACAUGUGGGAAAACAUUUGUUUGACAAAGUGAUUGGCCCAAAAGGAAUGCUCAAAGAUAAGACUCGUAUUCUGGUAACACAUGGAGUGAGUUUCUUACCGUAUGUGGAUGAGAUUGUUGUGCUGGUGGAUGGGAUUGUUUCUGAAGUAGGAUCAUACAACAGUCUCCGAGCCAGCAAAGGGGCUUUUUCGGAAUUCUUGGAAACUUAUGCAAAAGAAGAAAGCAACAAACAUGAUGCGAAUCAAGCUCAGGAGGAAUCUGAAGAGUUUGAAGAGUGUAAUACAGUUCCUGAGAGUCUGGAGCCACAGCCUGAUGAAUCUCCCGAGGACGUCGUCUCAAACACAAUGAAAAGACAAAGCAGCUUACGUCACAGUCAGCGUCACACUCAGAAUUAUGGAAGUAUUAAACUGAGGAAAAACGGUUCAAUUAAACGUGGAAAAGACUCCAGUGACAAGAAGGGCCAGCGUUUGAUUGAGAAAGAGGCAAUGGAGACAGGAAAAGUAAAGUUUUCAGUAUAUCUUCAGUAUCUGAGGGCUAUAGGCUGGGGUUAUACCUGCUGGAGUCUCCUGAUCUAUAUCGUUCAAAAUGUGGCCGCAAUUGGUCAAAAUCUGUGGCUAAGUGACUGGACCAAUGAUGCUGUAAAGUAUGAGAACACAACCUACCCGGCUAAUGUAAGAGACACUAGAAUUGGUGUCUUUGGAGCCCUGGGAUUAGCACAAGGUUUCCUGGUGUUUUUAGCCACAAUACUCCUAGCUAAUGGAUCCAUUUCUGCAUCCAGGAUUCUACACACACGUCUGCUCUCUAAUAUUCUGAGAGCACCCAUGGUAUUUUUUGAUACCACACCUUCAGGGCGCAUAGUCAACCGUUUUGCUAAGGAUAUAUUUACAGUGGAUGAGUUGAUCCCCAUGUCCUUCAAAUCCUGGAUUCUUUGUCUUAUUGGAGUUGUAGCAACAGUGUUUGUUAUCUGUCUGGCUACUCCACUUUUCACUGCAGUUGUGGUUCCAAUCGCUGUCAUCUACUACUUUGUGCAGAGGUUCUACGUUGCCACAUCCAGACAGCUCAGACGACUGGACUCAGUGUCUCGAUCACCCAUAUACUCACACUUUGGAGAAACAGUUUCAGGUCUCUCUGUGAUCAGGGCAUACAGGCACCAGGAACGUUUCCUAAAGCAUAACCAACUCAUCAUUGAUGAGAAUCUGAAAAGUGUCUAUCCUUGGAUUGUUUCAAAUAGGUGGUUGGCCAUACGUUUGGAGUCCCUGGGGAAUCUGGUGGUGUUUUUCGCCGCAUUAUUCGCCGUCAUCUCCCGUGACACUUUGGACAGCGGACUGGUUGGACUGUCCAUCUCAUAUGCCUUAAAUGUGACUCAGACGUUAAACUGGUUAGUGAGAAUGACAUCAGAACUGGAAACCAAUAUUGUUGCUGUUGAAAGAGUGAAUGAGUACACAGAGGUCGAAAAUGAGGCUCGGUGGAUUACAGAGCAUCGUCCUCCUGACGGUUGGCCGACGGCUGGAAAGAUUUCUUUUGAAAACUAUAAGGUUCGAUACCGGCCUGAACUGGAUCUCAUUCUUCAUGGAAUAACAUGUGACAUUGAAAGCACUGAGAAGAUCGGUAUUGUUGGACGGACCGGUGCAGGCAAAUCUAGUCUGACCAACUGUUUGUUUCGCAUUAUUGAGGCUGCAAAUGGGCGAAUCCUCAUUGAUGGUAUUGAUAUUUCUACCUUGGGACUCCAUGAUCUCCGAAGCAGACUUACCAUCAUUCCCCAGGACCCAGUGCUUUUCUCAGGAACUCUGCGCAUGAAUCUGGAUCCGUUUGAGAAGUUUAGGGAUGAGGAGAUUUGGAGGGUUUUGGAGUUGGCUCAUCUGAAGGAUUUUGUAACGAGUUUACCAUCAAGACUUGAACAUGAAGUUGCAGAAGGGGGAGAGAAUUUAAGUCUUGGUCAAAGACAGCUGUUGUGUUUAGCCCGGGCUCUGCUCAGGAAGUCUCGGAUACUCAUCCUGGAUGAAGCUACAGCAGCUGUAGAUCUGGAGACAGACGAUCUCAUUCAGAGCACCAUCAGGAAAGAGUUUGCCCACUGCACUGUACUUACAAUCGCACAUCGUCUCAACACCAUACUCGACAGCUCGCGGGUGAUGGUCCUGGAUUCAGGUAAAAUAGUGGAGUUUGAUUCGCCCAAUGCAUUGCUUAACAAAGAAAAUGGACAUUUCUAUUCAAUGGCUAAAGACGCUGGAAUCUACGCCAAAGAUAACACCGCACUGUGAAUGUAGUUUUCCUCAAUUCUUCAUAUGAUGUUUGCUGUCUGUAUUUUUCUAUUGAAGCAGUUUUCUUGCCAACAGGAGCAAAACGUUUAGGUGGAAGUGCCUUAUGUAAGGGCAUCAGAAAUAGAAUCUUAUUUUAUUCUGUAUUAUGACAUGUUUGUUGACAUGGAUUGUGUUGUUGCAAUAAAGUAAAUGUUUUGCA